CAUCACUAAAAAUUUUGACAGUUCGCCAUCAGUGGCCGAAGCCUGUGUCGUGUCAUCGAAUCGUAAUUAUACACGUCGAACGAAGUACAAUAUUAUCUAUACCUGUGUAGUGCAACGUUGGCAUUUUUAUUAUUUACAAUAAAAAUAUAACUGUUUCUAUCAUGUCGUCCACGGAAGAAACUUCUCAACUCAAAGCUGGCCAUCCCCCGGCAGUGAAAGCCGGUGGCAUGAGAAUCACCCAGCACAAGACUCCUCACUCGAAGGACAGCAAAGAGCCAGCAAAUGAGGACUUAACUGGUCUCUCAGGGCCUUCACCAGUGCCCUCAAACCCUGUAUCUAUCUCUGGGGCACCUAACAGAGGUAACGCAGACUUUACACCAGAGGCUGCUCAGGUGGCCCACAGUCCGAAGCCACCAGCACAUAUCAACUUCAAGCCUCAAACAAAUAUUCAACAACCCCGGAAGUAGACUACAUUCGACAUAUCAGAAGGCAUUGAGGUUGUUAGGUAGAUCCACAGAAAAUGUUCAGAAUUAAUUAUAUUGAAAUCUUAUUGAUGUUCAAAAAAACAAUUUUCAGUUACAUAAAAUUUUGUCGAGAUAAUUUCAAGUUUAAUAUCAUGAAUUACCAUGGUGAUAUUAUUUGAAAAAUAAAAAAAAUAAGAGGCCAGUUACUGACUGUUCUAGUCAAACUGCAACUUGUAAAUUGCUUGAGACUGUAGAGUCUCUUCGGAAUAGACAUGGCAUUCAAAUCUACAAAACUGCCAGUGUCAGCAAAAUAUUCUUAUAUAACAUUACUGUUAUAAAAUUGAAAGAUUUUCUGUUCAUUUAUCUAUACACCUUGAUAACUCACAAUUAUCAUACUACUUGUUUACAUUAGGUAUUUUGGACUCAAACAUGGAAAAUGUAUGAAUUACAAUUUGUUUUGAUAAGGUUAUCUUAUAUCGAUAAAGUAGGCAACCUAUUGAAUGGAAACACAAAUUAAUAAUACCAUGACAAUAAUUUUGCACCUAUCAAUAGGUUGUCCGUAUUUACAAAAUUAAAAAUUCCUCCACUCACACAGAGAAGGAUUGAGCAGACUUUAUUUACCGUCAGUUUCACAAAGCUCCACUAAAGUUAAAUCUUCUUUAAAUCUAUUGCUGACUCUUUCUUUGUCAACAAGAUAAAAAGUGACAGCAAUAGAUUUAAUGAGUUUUAUCAUAAAUAUUAUAUGGAAUAUUCCAUCCUAAACAUUUCCAUUCUCUGAUUACAAUAGAACACUUGUGCUAACAGAACAUUCCAUAAUCCUAUAAAAUCUACAGUCUAUUGUUUGUGCUCAAUCAAAUUCUUAAUGUAAACAAAACUAAAACAUACAUGGUCCUAACUCAGCAACAUUGUGUUAACUUACACAAACACGCAAGUAUUGCCAGCAUUUAAAUAAUUCCUUUAUGUUAAUUUCUCAAUGUUGCCAAGUUAUGACCAUGUAAACAGCCUAGUGAUUAGAUUGGUAUAUUAAGAAUAUUUUGUAUUAUAAAUAAGUACUUUAUUUAUUAAUGUCUUAUUAUAUCUGUUUGUGUCUUGUUAUAACAACCUAAUCAGUUUAAGGCUUAUAAAUACCAACUUUACAAAACAGGCAUUUCAACAGUAAAAUAGACAUUUAUAAAACUUCCUCCUAUUCUAGUUAAAUUAGUUAUUCUUAUUUUAGAUAGGUGAAAAUAUAUGAAAUGCCUGAUAUAAUUUAAAAAGAAGAAAAAAAUCUUUAAAGCUACAAUAAGUGGAUCAAAUUACGGAAAAGUUGGGGCAAGCGCUCAACAUGUGUGUGUCACAUUGUGCAGAAAUAAUUUCCAUAAGCGCAAAUAAUAUCUAUGUCUUUAUAGCUCUAUAUCAACUUCUUAUAGUUGAUGAGUAAAACACAAUAUAUCUUCAAACAUUCAAUGUUUUAAUGUGUCAUUGUACUUAGAUAUAAAAUGGUUAUUGCUUACACUGUUUGUUCCAAUAAAAAGUUCUUGAGUGAAGCAUCAUCAUUAGCCUUUUUAUCAUCCCACUGUUGGGCACAGGCUUCCUCUCACAGAGAGUAAGAAAGAGCAUUAAUCACCACGCUUGCCCAAUGUGAGUUGGUGAUUAAUCAAAUAAUGGAAUAAAGUGCUUUUGAGUUUUCUAGUGACAAAGUGUGAGCAAAGACCAUUUUUCUAGAUUUAUUUUGAAAGUGUAUGAAGCGAUAUAAUACAUAUUAUGGUACAUAUAAAUGUGUAGAUAGUUCAGUACAUAGAUAUCCAGUGUUGUUGUCAAUGAUACAAAAUGUGUUUUUAAGUCCACUGCAAGUAGUCCUGCACAAAUUGUCUUUUUUUUUUAUUUUUAUGCUAUUCUGACUGCCUUUAAAAAGUGGUCAUCAAUGUAAUUUUUUUUUCUUAUUUAGUGUUUAAAUAAAUUCAAGAAUUUAAAAGUCCCGACAUGUUACAGGGAAUUUAUUAACGUCCGUAUUGGGUUUAAAAAAAAUAUAUUUAAGUUAUUAAAUUGGCAUUGUAAGUAAUGUUUAAAUUUUAUUAAAAGGAGCUAGUUUCCGAGCAAUAAUUUCGAUUAAAUAUAAUUUUAAUUUGGUGCUAAGCCAUUAUCGUUUUAAAUUAGAACAUAAAGCAUUUCUUCACAUUCCUAAACAUUAAGUUUAUGAUUGCAUUACCGAAAAAAAAAACAAAAAAAGUUACUUAUUAUUAAUAUUGGUCUAUAAUGUUUUACAUUUGACCGUGUGUUUUAAGCAGUGUUUCUUUUAUAUUUUUAAUAGUUAUAAAAUAAAUUGGUAUAAAACCAAA